GCACACGUCUAUAUUCCUCGUCUUCCGACCGAAACGAGCGCGUCGAUCGCUAUAGAGUAAAAGUUCCCGAACCCCAGAUACAUCGAGUGCGUGUGUGAUUUAUACAGUAGAAAUAUAUACAGAAGCGUUUCCAAUGCGUCGCUUAGAGUGAGAAAUAUUAUAAAAUACCAAGAGUUAAUCAAGAGAACACAAGGACUUCCCUGAGGAUUACAAAACAAAGUGUUUAAACUCCCCAGCAAACCCGACAACCGCCAACAUAGCCGAACUAACCGCCGUAUUUAUGACUAAGAUGAUUCCGCCGGUUCCCACCGCCGCCGCAGCCGUCAUGAUGCCCACGCCCAAGCAGAAGAUCGGUUUCAGCAUCGAGUCCAUUGUGGGCAAUGAUGUCAGCACUGCCGGCGGCAAUUCCACACCGGAGCUGUCCGGCCCCCAAAGUCCGCCGCCCGGCGAGAGGAAUGGUCCGGGCUCACCGCCGCAGACGCCGCCUGCUACCUUGACCCUCAUACCCGGCUCACCUCCUCACCACCUGAUGGCUCCUCCUGCCCACGGACUGCCCUAUCCUCAUCCACAUGCCCAGCAGCAGCAGCAGCACUUGCAGCCAGCUCAUCCGCAUCCGCAUCUCUCGCCCGCCCAGCAGCAUGUGCUGCACCAGCACCUCCUCAUGCAACAACAGCAACACCAGCAGCAGCAACAACAUCCCGGCACUCCCAAGAGCCACCAGGACAUCCAGGAGCUGCUCCAGCGACUGCACCACAAUGCCGCCAUGGCCAGCGGAUUGAGUCCGCUGCAGACGCGCCUCUCCCCGGACUCGGAGCAGCCCCAACAUCCCGUCUCCCUGAAGAGAGAGCGAUCUCCUGCCCCACCUGCCCACGAGCAGGCGGAGAAUCCCGCCCAGCGCAUCCAGCCACCUCAUACGCCACCCAAAUCCGUGAGCCCGCAGUCCUCGCAGCCCUCUUCGUCGCCCACGCUGCUCAUCAGUAGUCCGCAUGCCACGCCUCCUCAGCAGCAGCAGCAACAGCCCCCUAACUACCCAAAGCCCGCCAUGAUGCAUCCCGGAGCGGGAGCAGGACCUAUUAUGAUGCCGGGCAUGCCACCGGCAGGACUUGUACGACCCUUUCCCAUGGGUCCCGGAGGUCCCCCGAUGCCGCAGGGACAACCCGGAAUGCCGGACAUCAAGGCGCUGCCCCCUUAUAUCAAUGCCCCGCCGGAACUGCCGCCCCAGCACAAUCCUCACCUCAUCGCCGCCGCCCAGUUCCAGAUGGCCGCCGCUUUGCAGGCGGGACAUGUCCUGGGUCCCGCUGCCGCCGCCGCUGCUGCCGCAGGUCUGCCGCCACACGCCGCCCAGUUUAUGCCCAAUCCGGGCAUGGCCAGGGAUAGCUAUCAGCUGUACCCCUGGCUGCUCAGCCGCCACGGAAGGAUCUUCCCCCACCGAUUCCCAGGAAGUUUCCUGGUGCCCCCGUUCCGCAAACCCAAGCGCAUCCGCACCGCCUUCUCGCCAUCGCAGCUUCUUAAGCUGGAGCACGCCUUCGAGAGCAACCAGUACGUGGUGGGGGCGGAACGCAAGGCCCUGGCCCAGACCCUCAAUCUCUCCGAGACGCAAGUGAAGGUGUGGUUCCAGAACCGCCGCACCAAGCACAAGCGGAUGCAGCAGGAGGACGAGAAGGGCGGCGGCGAGGGAUCGCAGCGGAAUAUGCACAACGGCAGCGGCGACGAGGACGACGACGAACUGAUCGACAUGGAGAUGGACGAAUGUCCCAGCGACGAGGAGCACGACCUGGACGCCAGUCACUAGAGAUAGAAUCCGGGAGAUAAUCCUCCUGCGGCGGUCCGUGAGUUCCUUAUCCUGGCAGAUAGAGUCCAGCAGUACCAGUUUUCGAGGGUUCCCAGUCGAACUCCAGCGGAAGUAACAUAGUUUGUUUUGUUGUGAUAUAUUCUUAGAGCGUUCUUAAGGCGUUAGGCUAACUGUACUGUACAUAGGAAAGUAUUAGGAACCCCUCUCCACAUACAUCAUCACCCUCUCUCAAGAUCCGUGCCAAAUCCUUGCGAAGAACCGAGGUUGAGUAGAGCUCAAAGAAAGCAAGUUGUUUCCUCUCUUUCCGAAAUAUCUGAAAAAAAAGAAAGUCUUAAAAAAUAACCCUAGGCUAGACACCAACUAUAACUGUACAAAUUUAAUGGUUUAAGCGUGUAAAUAUUCAUGACAAGCAUUACUUUUAAUUAGUGAAUUCCUCCUGAGCAAAUCGUACUAUCUAAUGUAUAAUUCUUGUGUAUUGUAUGACGAUCUAGCAUUUAUUUAUGUUUAGUCUUAAGCACGAACCUCUAGAGUCGCUCAACUGCAGCUGGAUAUUACUUAAAGCCCAUUAAUAUAAAGCCCUAGUUGCUAGUAACUACUUCCUAAGCCAAUACAACACUGUAAGAAA